AUGCAUGAGCUAUUGUUGUUCGCCUCGGUCCCGGUUCAUCAGCAUCAUGAGCUUCUUCAGCAACUCACCGGGCUGACAGCCAUGCAACCUCGCCACGCUCUUGAGCGUCGGCUGAUCUUCAAGGCCUAUCGGAAACCAGGUCUCGCCACAGUCCGCACAGGAGGCAGCCAAGACCUGCAGUCAGGGGACCUGCAACGCGUCAACAAGAUGCUUAAUGGUGGCAUGUUCUACACUCAGGUCGUCGGCCCCGUCUCGGACACCGCCUUUGGGUCCGCACCGGUCCCUGAUCAGGAUACCGAAAUGGCCGGCAUGGAUGACUCCAGGCCCACGGGCCAAGUGUCAUAUGACUAUGAGCAGCAGCCCUGGAAAUUGGAGUUUCGAGAUAUUCCCGAGGCAGGGACCCGAUCUGCUGUUACGGCCCGUGUCAUGGCGAGCGCCUCGCUCCCGCGUGGGGAUAUCGUCCCCGCUAUGAAUGCGUGGGGCUACAGCUUUGUGACUGAGUAUGUGGUCGAGGGCGAUAUCUUCAUCCAUAACGAUAUCACCAUUUUCUUGCAUCGUGUGCUACAUUACCCCACUUCUGACAAGGAGUUCCGUGUGCCUCGGCAGCAGCUUCCGGCGUUCAAAGAUAUGGCACCACUGGAGAAGACCGGGAGCUAUGUGUUGCAAGCCUCCAUCAUUGUCCAGGAUGGAAGCAACCAGGAGACUAUGAAGACGGCCUCCCAGCAUUUGUUUGGGUUGCGGGAACAGCUCAAAUCCGCGGUAAAGCUGGAGCAGGCUGAUCGGCUAUCUCUGGAUACCAGGGCAAAGUAA